AUGCCCGUUCAAACUAGGAGAAGGGCGGCUAUGCAAGACACGCCUGUAAAAUCAGAUGCGAGUGCCACAAAGAAAUCAAGUGCGAAAUCAAGCCCCGCGCAGAAGCUGCCAGUGAGAGAGAAGGAAGAGGAAGAAGUGCCUAUGCCAACCAAGGGCACUCUCAAAGUCUUUGACGAUGAGGAUGAAGAUGAAGCAAAGGCUCCUCUUGAGUCAUCAUUAAAUCCAAUUGCUGGAACAGCGGAUGCAGUUGAGGACGAGGAAGAGGAGGAAGAGGAGGAUAGUGAUGAUGAAGCUCCUGAGGCUGUGUCUACGACCAAGGUGGCUAAACAGAUCAAGAAAUCCGCACAAGUUGCUCAACAGGCAGCCAAAGAACAAGCUGCUACACAAAAGCGCAAGCGUCAAUUGCGUGAUGAGCUUCUCAAGAAACAAGCCGAGGAGCGAAAGAAGAUUGAUGAGGCCAAGGAAGAGGCAUCCGUCACUAAAUCACAAAGCAAAAAAUCCGAAGCCAGCAGCGGAAGGAAGCGAGUGCAGAAAUCUGACAUCCCUGCCGUUCUCCCCGCCGAGUUCUUGGAAGAUUCUUCAAGCGAAGAUGAGGACGAAGAUGCUGCCGAUGCUGUUUCAGGGCCGAAGAGGCGAAAGGUUUCCGGAGUAGAGAAGAGGCUUACACGCCUGGAUGCUGGGCCCAAGGACGAGGUCUUGAACUCUACAGUAUACCGGGUGGCUAAGAAGACGGACGAAAGAAUGACACCGAAACUCAAGAAACAUACCAAGUCUUCCAAGGACUUGCUCUUGAAGCGAAACCGGCCUGCCGCCAAAUCUGGAACUGGAUUUUUUAAGAAAUGA